AUGCUCUUCUGGCAGCUUGACAGAUACUCUGUUUGCCAGAAGAGAAGAAUGGAGAAGAUGGUGAACAGUGCACGAGACUGCUGGAAGAGGCCUCAUUUUAUAGGCGCUGGAAAUCAUCCAUUCCCAAGAAACCCUAAUGGUUUCUACCCAUUUUGGCUAAGCUUUUCCCUUCCUUUCUCUUCUCCUCCCUUGGCUUUUCCUAUCUUGGUGAAAUUUCCCGUAGCUGUCUCAGUGACAGAUUUCCAUGCCCAGCCAUUUCUUUUAUUGCUUUAUUCUCUCUUUUCCAUGGCCAAGUCUGAUGGGAAAAGGAGUUGGGAAAUAUAUGCUGGUUCGAAGGGUGUUUCUGGCAGCUCGCAUACUAAUAUUCUUUGGUUCCUUGAAUGUUUCUUGCUUGGAACUUGCUCCCCCCAUGUCUGGAGGCUUUGUUUAAUGAACCUGCAGACCUUCUCUACGUGGCUUCUAUUUUUCCAGCAAAGGGCUGAGGCUUUUGUGGGCUUAUUGUGA